GGCACUAGAGGCAGCACAGCCUCCCUCCCUCCCUCCCCAUUCCGAGUUCCGACUCCCACGCACACAAACACAUCUCCCCUUCCCUUCCCCGCAACUACUCUCUACUCUCUACUACACGCUUCAAUCUAUCUAAGAAACAGACAGACCAGACCACGCACGCCGGCCGAAAACCAGAAUUCUCCAAGCAAUCCUGUCGCCAACCCCGGCCACACGGAUCGGGGGCUGUCGUCUAUUGCCGCCGGCGCCGAUCGACGCCGACGCCGAUGGGCUCCGCCGAUCGCAGCAAGAUCGAUGGGAUCGUGGUGGCGGAGAAAGGCGCCAGGAGCUGCGUCGAAUGCCGCGCCACCACUACGCCCAUGUGGCGCAGCGGCCCGACCGGGCCCAGGUCACUUUGCAACGCUUGCGGGAUUCGGUACCGAAAGAAGAGAAGGCAAGAGCUUGGCCUAGACCACAAGCAGCAGCAACAACAAAAUAAUGGUGAGGCAAAGGCUGAAGUAAAAGACAGCUCUAGCAACAGCAGUAGCAGCGGGAGCAGCAACUUGCAGGUGGUGCAGAAACGGAGGCUCCUCAUGGGAGUGGAGGAGGCUGCUUUUCUGCUGAUGACCCUAUCUUCGCCCACGUUCACAUUGCUACAUGGCUAAGAGCCCUCCAACACCAAAUCAACAAUGUACAUACACAGACACACCAACCUUUGCACAGCCACUACCCAACGAUUCCAGUCCAAAUCAUACAAAGUUACUCACACCUGUAUGAGAUAGGGAGGGAGGGGGCCUAUCUCAGGAUUGUGUGAUCUUGUGAUAGGCAUGGGUUAUUAGUGCCAACCUAAUCACUCCAUUGAUCAUCUUGUUCUCCUCUGUUUUCGCCGUACCCGUAGAUCUUGAUGUCAGCCAUAUCGGCUAUGUGAUUUGUGGUAGGCUCCAUAAUUCAGAGGUCUGUUGAUCUCACUCCCCCACACAUCUUUUUCUGUCCUUUUCUCUGUCUUUUUUAUGUUCUCCCUCUUUUGGUUUUUGUAUGUACUUUGAUGUCGCCCCUUUGUGAGGGAUGGGUGAUCAAAAGGAGACGCCAUCCCUCCUCAUUCUGGAAUAAAGUUCAAAAUAAUAAAGGAUUUGAGAUGUUUCAUUUCA